AAGCCGAAGUUUGGCUCGAACUUGACACACACCUCUCAUAGAGCUUUUCCUUGACUGCAGGAAGAUGGCGCCGUCUCUAAAUACCAAAACACUUCCACUGUGCUCUCUCUUUUCUCUCCUUCUCCUCUUUUUGCACGUGCAUGCAAGCAGUGCAGGAGAGAUGAAUGUAGAAGAGCUUCCAAAACAUGCUGAAGCCUCAUCAGUUCCCAAAAAAGAUGACUCUUACAAUUAUAAAACUUUCCACGGUGAUGCCAAAAAGGAGACGCAACCUUAUAUAACUGCAUAUAUUAAUCACAAAAAGGUAAAUCAGCCUUAUAUAUCUGCGUAUGGUGAUGGCAAAAGAAUGAGUCAACCAUAUAUAACAAAUUAUAUUAAUCACAAAAAGGUGAAUCAGGAUUACCUUACUAACUAUAUUAUUGAUCUCUCCCAAAAGGAUAAGAGAGAUCAAAGUGACUCUUAUCUAACAGCUUAUGGUGACACCAAAAGGGAGAAUCAGCCUUAUAUAACUGGAUAUAUUAAGGACAAAAAGGUGGAUCAGCCUUAUAUAAUUGCAUAUGGUGAUAGAGAAAGAGUGAAUAAGCCAUAUAUAACAGGAUAUAUUAACCACAAGAGGGUGAAUGAGCCUUAUAUGACUGCGUAUAGGGAUGGCAAAAAAUAUUCAGAAGGAAAGAAUCCUAAAGAGUCUUACUCAGCUACCUAUGGAGAGGAAGAAUCAGAGAACAACCCUGAUGCAGCCACCACAAAAUUGGAUCACACAGAGGCAUUCAAGACAGGCUUUUUCACUUUGGAUGAUCUUUACGCAGGGAAUAAGAUGACCCUUCAAUUCCCUAUUGAAGAGUUUCCUCACUUUCUUACGAGGAAAACAGCUGACUCCGUUCCUUUCUCAACAUCACAACUUCCAAGUGUCCUUCAGCUUUUCUCAGUCCCUCAAGAUUCACCUGAGGCUCAAGCCAUGGGAGGCACACUUGAACAAUGCGAGCUUCAGCCCUUGACAGCAGAAACCAAGGUCUGUGUUUCUUCCUUGGAGUCCAUGGUUGACUUUGUUAGCUCCAUUAUCGGUUCUGAUUCUCAGUUAGACAUUCUCACAACCACCUUGCCUGCAACAUCAAGCGUCCCUUUACAGAACCUCACUGUUCUGGAAAUCUCUGCAGAUAUUUAUGCUCCUAAAUGGGUGGCCUGCCAUCCAUUGCCUUACCCUUAUGCUGUUUUCUACUGUCACUUCAUUAGCUCAGGCACUAGGAUCUUCAAGGUUCGAUUGGCUUCUGAGAAUGGAGAUCAAAUGGAAGCUCUGGGAAUUUGCCACUUGGACACAUCUGAGUGGAGUCCUGAUCAUAUUUUAUUUGAGCAACUGGGAAUCAAGCCAGGAGAAGCUCCAGUAUGUCACUUCUUCCCAGUGAAGCAUCUCAUGUGGGUUCCAAUUCCUACCAAAGCCACUAUGUGAAGUGACUAUGUGGGUGUCUGGUGUCUUUGCUAUGUGAGUCGGGUAAUAAAUGGACAAGGCUGUGGUCUCAGCGUUGUACAAUUUAGUUUAGAUCUCAGUUUCCUUUGCUGUCCUGUUUCUACGUUAUGAUGUUGAAGCUUCUCUUGAAUGAAGUCGUUUUCACCUCUUGUUGCGAAA